AUGGCGCCGGGCGGUCUCUUCGGCACGGCAGUGGUGGUCGUGGUCGUGUCGCUAGCGGUCCAUGUGGUGCUCAAUUGCCCCAUCCAACCAGUCCCGUCGCCGACGCCGCCCUCCGCCGCCUACCCUCCAAACAACCUCCUUCAGGGGCUGGAGAAGCUGGGGGAGGGGCAGUUGAGCGGGCCGGAGGACGUGUACGUGGAUGCGGCGGCGGGCGGGACGCUGUACACCGCGACGAGGGACGGGUGGUUGCAGAGGAUGCAACCCAACGGGACGUGGGAGCGCUGGCGGUUCGUCGGCGGCGCAGGCCUCCUCGGGAUCGCGCCAUCCGCCGACGGCAGCAUGCUCGUCUGCGACGCCUACAAGGGGUUACUGAGAGUUGAGGAGGGACGCGUGACCAUCCUUGCCUCGACGGUGGAAGGCUCCCCGAUCAGGUUUGCCGACGCCGCCAUUGAGGCAUCCGACGGCACGAUCUACUUCAGUGACGGCAGCGCCAGGUUCGGCUUCGACCGGUGGGUCUUGGACUUCAUGGAGGCCAGCUCGACCGGCCGCCUCCUCAAGUACGACCCAGGCACCGGCAAGGUGUCCGUCGUGCUUGACAACCUCGCCUUCGCCAACGGCGUUGCCUUGUCGCGGGACGAGACCUUCAUCAUCGUCUGCGAGUCGUGGAGGUUCAGAUGCUCCAAGCUAUGGCUGAAAGGGGACAAGUCUGGCCAGGCGGAAACCUUCAUCGCAAACCUCCCAGGGUCUCCGGAUAACAUACAUCUAGCGCCCGACGGCUCCUUCUGGAUUGCCCUUAUCCAGCUGAGGUCGCCAUGGAUAGACUUGGUAACGCGCUGGACCUUUACCAAGAGAGUCGCAUCGUCAUUCCCGGCGCUUCUCGAUGUUCUCAAGGAGACAGGGAAAGGAGCAAUGGUGGCGCAGGUGUCGGAGAGUGGAGAGAUCAUCCGGGUGCUUGAUGACUCGAAAGGGAAGGUCAUCAACUUCAUCACUUCAGUGACUGAGUAUGACGGGAACCUCUUUUUCGGAAGCCUCUCGACCAACUUUGUAGGCAAGAUAUCUCUCGAUAAGGUGCCACAUGUGUAGGAGU